AUGGUCAUUCAGCACGAUUCUCUCAUUCAGCCGGCGGCCGACAACGUUGAUCGGGAUUGGUACAACCUGUAUACCGCAGUUGAUCACGUCAAGAAGCUCAAAUCAUCUGAGGAUACGGAGAUCAAGAGAGGAACUAGCGGGAUCGAGGAACUUCGCGACGAGCACGACUGCUACGUCAAACUACGAGACUUGCAGGGUCAGGAGAUUCCCAAGUGUUAUGGGUUGUUUCAGAGCUCUGGAGAUGCCUAUUCUCGAGACAGGGCCAGCCGGCGGUCCACAUGGGCUUGUCUCGUACUUGCGUAUUGCGGGGAACGUCCUCCUAAUGGUGACCUUAUGUGCAUGCCCUGGGAAUUCAAGCUCGGAGUCAUCCACCGCGAUGUGUGCAAGCCGGGAAAUGUCAUUGAUUUCAAUGGCAAACCCACUGAAGCGAUCCCAUUCGACAUAAUCGAACCUAUGGAUCGAUUUUGCCGUGAGAUAGCCGAGGCUGCAAAAGAGACAUGGCUGUGGAGAGCAAGCUUUUUCGAGACCAAAUUUGGCACUCAGAUACCUGCCGAUCUCUUGGAGGAUGAAGAGAUGACCCCGGAAGAAAUAAUACACGAAAUCGUGACGGGAUACAUUCCCCGGAUCAUGGACUCUCCAAUCCCCAUCGAUCUCGAAGCGAUGGCACGAGCUGAAGUCAAGAGGUAUCACAAGCUAAUGGAGACGAGGAACAAAUACAUGCGCCCUUCGGGAAAUCUAUGA